UCGCACAACAACAUGGCGAGAGUGCCGGCUAUAUUUUACGUAGUAUGUGUACUUAUCACAGAAAAAGUAUUAUCUAAUAAGCCUCGAAAUGUUCUUAUAUUAUUGGCCGAUGACGGCGGCUUCGAGCUGGGGGCGUACGGUAACAAGAUCUGCCAGACGCCGAACAUCGACGCACUGGCGCGCCGCGGGCUGCUGUUCAACAAUGCCUUCGUCUCAGUCAGCAGCUGCUCGCCCAGGUGCCCGCAACUAAAUACUCCGCGAUAAGUAUCCCCUGCUUUCUGCUUCCAGCGGUUACCAUCAAACGUGACACAUGACACUACAGGAUUAGCAUUAUACGUGGUCCCUUACUAAUAACCUGUUAUUGAAUAAUGUCAAUUUCACUUUUAAAGCGAGAUCAAUGUCGAGCUGCUUUAUCUACUUUCACUUAAUAAUUAAAAGCUUUCUUAUAGCUGGAAUUCUAAAGGUUUCGAAAAUAUUUAGAAUUUGUAGUAUUUAGUACAAAAUUGGAUGCAUAGUUACAUGUUUAUAAUCAUGAGCUUGGUAUAGUAAUCGUUUGUGGAUGAAGAUGACCAUGUAUUGGCAGCGUGUUGAGGGCGAUGUUUGUGUGCAGCUGUAGUGUACUU